AUGGCUUUGGCCAAGGCUCCCGGGACCUGUCUGCUCACCAUUCGUGUCCUGCAGGCCCAUGGCCUCCCCUCCAGAGACCUAGUGACCCCCUCAGACUGCUAUGUGACUCUGUGGCUGCCCACGGCCUGCAGCCACAGACUUCAGACCCGCACAGUCAAGAACUCCAGAAGUCCCAUCUGGAACCAGAGCUUUCACUUCCGCAUCCACAGGCAGCUCAAGAACAUAGUGGAACUGAAAGUGUUUGACCAGGAUCUACUGACCAAGGAUGACCCCGUGUUGUCGGUGCUGUUUGAUACAGGGACUCUGAGGACUGGGGAGUUCCAGCGCCAGAGCUUCUCACUGAGCCCUCAGGGUGAGGAGCGGCUGGAAGUGGAAUUUCGGCUGCAGAGUCUGCCGGACUGUGUGGAGCAGCUCAUCAGCAAUGGUAUCUUGGUGGCCCGGGAGCUCUCCUGCUUGCAUGUGCAACUGGAGGAGGCAGGGGACCAGAAGGAAUCAGAGGGCAAAGUUCAACUUGUGGUUCCUGGGUCCUGUGAGGGUCCACAGGAGGCCUCCGCGGGCACGGGCACUGUCUGCUUCCACUUUCCAACCUGCUGGGAGCAAGAGCUGAGUAUCCAUCUGCAGAAUGCCCCUCAAGAGCAACUGAAGGUGCCACUGAAGGCCCUGCCAUCGGGCCAGCUGGUGAGGCUUGUCUUCCCCACGUCCCAGGAGCCUCUGAUGAAGGUGGAGCUGAAGAAAGAAGAAGGACCAGGGGAACUGGCCGUGCGCCUGGGCUGUGGGCCCUGCACAGAGGAGCAGGCCUUCCUGAGCAGGAGAAAACAGGUGGUGGCCAAGGCCUUGAAGCAGGCUCUGCAGCUGGAGGGAGACCUGCAGGAAGACGAGGUCCCAGUGGUAGCUGUCAUGGCUACUGGUGGAGGGAUCCGGGCAAUGACCUCCCUAUAUGGGCAGCUGGCCGGCCUAAGGGACUUGGGCCUCUUGGAUUGCAUCUCUUACAUCACGGGGACUUCAGGCUCCACCUGGACCUUAGCUAACCUCUACAAGGACCCAGAGUGGUCUCAGAAGGACCUGGCUGGACCCAUUGAAUUGCUGAAGACCCAGGUGACCAAGAGCAAGCUGGGUGUGCUGGCUCCCAGCCAUCUGCAGCGAUACCGGCAGGAAUUGGCUGAGCGAGCCCGCCUAGGUUACCCAGCCUGCUUCACCAACCUGUGGGCCCUCAUUAGUGAGGCCAUGCUGCACGAUGGGCCCCAUGACCACAAACUCUCAGAGCAGCGGGAGGCCCUGAGUCACGGCCAGAACCCUCUUCCUAUCUACUGUGCCCUCAACACCAAGGAGCAGAACCUGUCCACCUUUGAAUUUGGAGAGUGGUGCGAGUUCUCACCUUAUGAGGUGGGCUUCCCCAAGUAUGGGGCCUUCAUCCCCUCUGAGCUCUUCAACUCCGAGUUCUUCAUGGGGCGACUGAUGAAGCGGCUCCCUGAGUCCCGCAUCUGCUUCCUGGAAGGUAUCUGGACCAACCUAUACGCAGCCAGUCUCCAGGACAGCUUAUACUGGUCCUCAGAUCCCCGCCAGUUCUGGGACCGCUGGACUCAGAAUCAGGCCACCUUGGACAAGGAGCAAGUUCCUAUUGUGAAGAUACAAGAGCCGCCCAGCAUGACUGGAAGGAUAGCAGAGUUUUUCACUGACCUCCUGACUCGGCGCCCACUUGCCCAGACCACCCACAAUUUCUUGCGGGGCCUCCAUUUCCACAAAGACUAUUUCCAGCAUCCCCACUUCUCCACCUGGAAAUCCACCAAACUGGAUGGGCUCCCUAACCAGCUGACGCCUGCGGAGCUCUACCUUUGUCUGCUGGAUGUGGGCUACUUUGUCAACACCAGCCUCCCGCCCCUCCUACAGCCCACACGGGAAGUGGACCUCAUCCUGUCCCUUGACUACAACCUCCAAGGAGCCUUUCAGCAGCUGCAGCUGGUGGGCCACUUUUGCCAGGAGCAGGGCAUCCCAUUCCCACCCAUCUCGCCGAGCCCUGAGGAGGAGCACCAGCCUCAGGAGUGCCACAAGUUCUCGGACCCCACCUGCCCUGAGGCCCCCAUCAUUCUGCACUUCCCGCUGACCAACAACUCCUACCAGGAGCACUCUGCCCCUGGGGUCCUGAGGACGCCUGAGGAACAGGAAGCGGGGCAGGUCAACCUGUCUCCAUCCGACUCCCCCUACCACUAUUCGAAGGUGACCUACAGCCAAGAGAACGUGGACAAACUGCUGGGCCUGACGCACUACAAUAUUUGUAACAACCGGGAGUCACUGCUGGCUGCCCUGCGUGAGGCUGUGCUGCGGAGACGACAACGCAGGCAGCGCAAGCCCGAGUGA